AGGCACCCUGAGGUGGAUGCAUAAUGACUAACCCUGCUGUGCUGGUUGGAGGGAUAGUGCGGUUUGGUUGUCCGACGUACUCUUCACGCACUGCCUCCUAAUACUGCGGUCUCAAGCGAUAUUCAAUGCGUCGACAUAGUGGCAUGACAAUCCGGGCGGACGGAUCCCCAAUGGCUGAGUUUGCGGUAUUUGACUCGUGCCAGCCUCUUGUGGGGUAGAGUAAAUUCUCGAAUGAUCUCGUUGGAUGCUUCCAGCAGUUGCCGACAGUAUCAAUGACCAGGAUCUCUCGAUCCCGGUGGUGCGGCCGCUCCACCGUAGACACAGCCCAUUGAAACCUCUCCAAUCGUCUAUAUCUCUGACACUGCGACGUCCAUGCGGGGCUAGCGUCGAAGCAUUCCAGAAACCACAGGCCUUGACACGAUUGGGCGGCCAACUCUAUCGGAUAGGGCUAUUUUUAGCAAGAUGUAAGGCAUCUCCGUUCCUGGAUAGGAAAUACACUGGUCGGAACAGUGGGUUGCUGAAGACAGAACCCACCAACUCGGGCAAGUGCCGCAACGGAGGGGCUGUGAUUGGCCUUGUGUGGCUCAGCUUGAUUCAUCGUUUGAAUGGAUAUACCAUCGAUGGACGUUUAGUCCAACAAUCUAUGUACAUCGGUGAAACCUUUGCAGACCGCGUCGAUUCUGCUAGCGAGAAAAGGGUGUCUUCGGAGGACGCAUGAUGCUUUAUCCAUAAUUUUCCGUGGUCAUUUGUGGCAGCCGUUAUUCCGGUGGUGGCUUGUUUUGUCGGACCGGACCGAAAGUCAAGUGUAACUACUUCGGUAUGCUC